CACUUCGACCUCACGCCGUGGAAGCUGCAGACGGACCUGCCCAAGUGCGACGGCGGCAGCAGCGUGCGCGAGAUCAAAUGGCCGGAGCUCGUUAGCUACAGCAGCUCCGACUUCUUCGCCGACGCGGCCAACGGCUCGCUCACCUUCGUGGUGGACGUCGACGGCGCCACGACCGGCGGCACGUCGUACCCUCGCACCGAGCUGCGAGAGCUGUUCGAGUGGAGCCUGAUCGAGGGGCACCACGCGCUGGCGGCGACGCUGGCGGUGGAGCGGCUGAUGAAUGGCACCAAGGAGUCCGUCGUCGUCGCGCAGGUCAAGGACUCGGUGGGGAACCCGCCGCUGCUCAAGGUGCGAGCCAAGGUACACGGCUCGACAAGGCCAAAGUUCCGGCUCGAGGCGCGCGUCAAGUACCACCAGGAGUCCGACGGCGCGGUCAAGGAGCUCGGCCUCGCCUUCGACCAUCUCUUUGAGUUGGGCGAUCCGAUCGAGCUGCUCGUGGUCGUGAAGCAGCUGACGGUCGAGGUGACGGCUGCGGCGGUGGGUGGGGUGGCGCAGACGCUGUCGCACGACUACAGCGGCGUGCGCCCGUUCAACGAGACGCUGCAGGACGUCUUCCACUUCAAGGCGGGGGUCUACGCUCAGAGCAACCUCGCGAGUUCCUCUCCGGGGCAGCAGUGCAUCGCCACCUUCCGUAGCCUGACGGUCACGCACGCUGCGCUGCCAUCGCAACCUCCUCCGCCGCCGCCGCCGUCCGCCUCGCCCUCUCCGCCGCCGCCGUCCGCCUCGCCGUCGCCGCCGCCGCCUGACGUGCAGCUGCUCGACCUCCGCGCCGCCACCACUUACCAGGACUCGAGCCUUUUCGACAAGCAGGCGCCCGUGAGCGACCUGUCAUACGCCGACAGCACGACGGGACGGCCGUGGGCCGAGUGCGGCCAAUACACAAGCCAAUGGUGGGGCGUCGACCUCGGGAGCGAGGUGUAUGUGCGCUACGUGCGGCUGCAGAACCGCAACGACUGCUGCGCGGAGCGGCUGACGGACGUCGACAUCUAUCUCGGCUCGACGGCGGAGACGUACACGGGCAACGCGCUGGUGAAGUCAGACGUGAGCGUGUUGUCGAACGUGAUGUUGGAGGUGGAGAUCAACGCGCUGGGGCGCUACAUCUACCUCAACCGGCCGUCUGCGGCGGGGCUGACGGUGUGCAAGUUCUACGUCUUCGCCUCAGCCGCACCGCCUGGGCCGCCGUCGCCGCCGCCACCGCCGCCUGCACCGUCACCGUCGCCGCCGCCGCCGCCGCCGCCUGAGCUGCUCGACCUCCGCUCCGCCCCCUCCGUGCCGGUGGUCGAUGGUAUCGAUAAGCAGGCGCCCGUGAGCGACCUCUCAUACGCCGACAGCACGACGGGACGACCGUGGGCCGAGUGCGGCCACUACACACCCCAAUGGUGGGGCGUCGACCUCGGGAGCGAGGUGUAU